UUUCGAUGGUCAUACGAAUAAAAAGUGUGAUAAAGUAUACACGGUUUUCCACUUACGAUGAUCGAAUUCGUGUGUUAUUUGAACGGCGUGAACAUAAAAAUUAUGGAAACUUCUUUCCUUCUAAUGGGAUUUAGGUUAUGACGAAGACCAACGCGUAUAUGUAUAAAUCGAAUGACGAUAUUAAAAAAUUGUUUUGGAAUAGAACAAAUGAACGAACGAACGAACGAAACGUUUCAUUCUUUUUACGAAAUUAUUACGUUUAUCGCAAUAUUGCAACUGUUAUCGUAUGUCUGGAUAUUGGAUGACCAGCAAGAUUGUAGAAAAUGGCGACAUCACUUCGAUAUACGUACACCUCGAGCCAUCUUGCGGCGAUUAGGAUCAUGAAUUUUCCUCUUUACCGACAGUAGUAGAUGUACAUAGUUCAUUGAAUAAACUCUCUUGCAUAUUCGUCUCCGAUUAAAGAGUUUUUAUUGCGAAAAUUUCCUUUUUCAAAUUCCUGCGAGUUUUAAUUAAUAAAACUUUAUCUGUUAUCGACCUAAAAAAGAGAAAAAGAAGUAAUUAAAACAUGAUUGCAAAAGAAAAGCAAUUAGGAAGUGUCGAAAAAGAUGUAUCAAAGGAAUUAUCAUUAUCAUCGUCGGAUCCAAAUAUACGAAAAUUGGCUAGGAGACAACGAAUUCAACAUCGCUUGAGCGUUCUGCAUAAGGUAAAAGGAGCCAAAGACGUAGAAAUCAUUAAAAGAAAUCCCAUCGAAAGACAGAUUCUUGCCAGUACUGAAUUUCUGGAAGAGAUCAAGUUAGAAGGCGAAGAAGUGAUAUCCAAUGUAAAAGUUGCAAACGAUGCUCGAGAGUUAGAACGACGUAAGGAAGUACAAGAGACAAGAGAAGCCUUGCUGGAGAAACUAGAGAGAGAUAAUGAAGAAUGUAUGCUAAAGUAUAAGGAGAUCGAUAAAAAAUGGUCCGACAUAUUUGCAUCAAAAGAUCCAUUGGACAUAGAAGAAAAGAUGAUGUGGCAAAAUGCCAAGUGUCUUGAGUUAUUAGAGAAGAAGGAUCAAAUUAUUAUGGGAUUGAAGGCCGAACUAGAGAAUGCCGAUCUUAGAUUCGUCGAUGAUCUUAAGAAACAAAACGAAGAUAUUGAUAUAUUGAUCGAUAGAAUAGAUCGUCAGUUAAAUGUAAUCGCCGAGGCUUAUCAUAAAGAAUUGGAUAAUAUCAACAACGUGUUGGACGCCGAACGUAAAUUGCUCUUGGAUACGCUCGAGAAAAAAUGGAAAGAUUUCUAUGAGAAGUUACAGGAUAAUGGUCACGAAGGCAUUGAAAAAAGGAAAGAUAUAAUUCGUGAAUACGAGGAGGAAAUGGAAAGAGUCAUGACCGAACACCACGAGGAAUAUCGUUCUCAAAAAAUAACUUUGGCAUUGGAGAAUCAGGAACUUCAACAGAAGUUACAGGAUAUGAAAGCUUUGUGCAUGUUAAAUGUCGAAAAAUUGAAUUAUAGUUAUGCCGUUCUUAAGCACAAAGACGAAGAGAAUACUAUAAUUAAAAAUGAACAAAAAAGACGAAUUAAUAAGCUUCAAGACACUAUGAACGAAUUAAGAAAGACUUACGUCAAAUUAGAAGAAGAUAGUCGAUCAGAAAUUCAAGGAUUGACCGAUCAAGUUCUCAAGGCACAUAAGAAUAUUUUAGAACUCGAAGAAAAGUCACAGUAUUUUACCGAUAUUAAUGAGAAAAAAUACUUUCAAGUAUGGGAUAUGAAUGUAAAACGUGUCAACGAGCUAGUCGAUAAAAUUAUGGCUACUGAUCGAAUUAUACAUGAACAAGCAUUAGGAUUACAGUGGCAACCUCCCGAGGUAAAACUUUUGACCAAGGAAGAUUUACCUUCUUACUGUACUGCGAUUAAUAUUAUAAAUAAAGAAAAGACUGAUGCUCAAGAAAAAAGACAAAUGCCAAUUACUUACAAAAAGGCUGUUACUUUAGAAGACAUCAAUUUGGAACGACGUUUAUUAAAUCAUAUAAUGGAACAUAUAUCCGAGAAAUCUAAUUAUUUGAUUGACGAUAACAUACAAAAAUUACUUUUACCGUAUACGACCGAGAACAAUGUAAUCAUUAGAUUGGACAAUGUUUUUCAGGCAUUAAACAUAAUAUCCGAGGAGGAAAUACAAUUCUUAUUAAAUUUCUUCCUCCCAUAUACGUAUUGUCCCGAUUGUAUGUCUUUGGAUAAAACGACGGAAUCCUCGUCGUUGUCUACUAGCACGAGUAAUACACCUCUCGUCUGUGGCGGUACAGAAUUAGACGAAGAAACAACUAAAUUAGUCGAAACUAUAAAGGCAGAGGUUUUCUUUCAAGACGUAUGUUCAAGCGUUUGUACACUCAUUGAUACGACGGACUAUUCGGAAAUGCGUCUUCCUUCGGCAGAAACUACGACGUCCAUUUCAUCAGAUGAAUUAGAUGUAUCAUCCAUAUCUUGUGACGAAAAGAAAGAUUCAUCGCAACCAAAGGAAGGAGCAAAUCAAUUGCUCUGCAAAAAGGGUCAUUUGUUAAAAAUUGAUGCAUCAUAUGUUACAAGAGCAUUGAAGGAAUUCAUAGAGAAAUAUAAUUUUAUUAAACGCGACGAAACGCCAAAGUAUUUGAAGGAGAGAUUAUCAAUGAGAAAAGUAACAAUUUCACGAAGUUUAACCGUAGAGGAUAUAAAAGAAUUUUGGAAAAGAUACAGGGAUUUAUUUCCUCCCUCUAAAGAAUCCCUUUGGGAUGGCUUGCUCGUUGGACUCAAACGAUAUUAUGAAACAUUGAAAGAAAGACAAAGAUUGAGCAAUGAAACGGCAUCUUUGAAGAAACAAAAUGCUGAAUUACGACGUUUACUAAAGACAUAUAAUACCGUUGAGAUUAGAAACAGCCCGAUAACCGAUACAGAAAUAUCUUCUUCUGCUAAAACAUAAUGGAAUUUAAGAUGCCAACAAAUCCAUCCAUCCGUCCAUCCAUCCGUCCAUCCAUGCGUUCUCUUUUUCCCUGAAUUUUUACGAGGUCGACUUGUCAACACUCAACCUCUAUUAGUCGCCUUUUACGACAAGCAGAGGAUACUGUGGGUAUAUUCUAUCCCCAGGCCCACAGGGGAAGGUGAAAGGUUUCUUUUUAAAAUGCUAAUCGUUGAUAUGAACAAUCGAUAAAUGGAAAAACGCAAAGAUUGGUAAUUAAGUUUACUUAUAACGGCCGUUGUAAAUAAAAUCAAACGUAAUAUAAAAGGAGACAGAAUCUUUAUUAGAUUCUGUACAUACGUCGUGUACCACCAUGUUACAUUCGCUCUAACUGUGCUUUUUCUUACUUAAACAUUACUUUUAUAUACACAUCAUGGUAGUACAUUUAAAGAACAAUCGCUAAUACCCAACAAACACAUAUUAUUGUUUUAUUACUAAGACGCCGAUCUUAUAAAUAAUGAAAAUUGGAAGAUUUUGUUACCUUAAUUUAUAUUUCUUACAUAUAUAUGCUUUUGUUUAAAAAUAUAUAUAUAUAUAUAUAUA